AUCUGUUCAGAGAAUGGAAGCUGAUGAGCGGUAAAGAUAUAUUAUGGAUAUCAUGGAACCCAUGCCACGCUGCAAUACCCUGGCCAGCUCAGUUCAAAUAAGACAGACCUCCCUUUUUCAGUCUUUGUCAUCAUUUCUGGAUCAUGCUCAGGUGGAAUCAUUUAUUCGUGCAACUAAAACCGGUGCUAAGAGGAGCAAGGUCUUCAUUGCUGUCCUCCUUAUCAUCAGAAAUAAGGAUGUGCUGAAUUGUGCCCUCUACCAAGUCAAACAGAUUGAUCAUGGGAAGAUACGUUUUCAGGUUAAGACAAAAUAUGAUCUGGCAAAGCUGCGUUUAGUCAACGGGGUGAGCGAGGAUGAAGAAGAAACUGAGUUGGAGCUGGUUUUUGAAAAAGGGAGUAACCUCAUGUCUCCACUAACUGUAAAAUGGUCCGCUGAGAGUGGUCGAGCAAAGAAGAAUUUCCUAGUCUCACUGUGGAAGUUGGUGAAUGAGCACAUGACAGCCACGCCCCAGUUUCUAAACAUUAAUUACAACAUGCUCCAGUCUCAUCUUAGUAAAGCUUCUGAACCUAAAAUUGAUUCUCUGUCUCUGUCUAAGACCUUGAAACAAGUGUCACUUUUGGGAUCCCCUGCUCUCGAGAUGAAAGAGUACAAAUACCUUACUGGAGAGGAGGAGCAGGAUCUUGGUGUUGUAACGGACGGUAUAGAUUGGGCGGUUGAGAACGCGGAGGACUUCAUGGAGAAACUCAUGAACGAGCUGUCUGGACUUACCAAAGCGAAUAUUCAUUCCAUUAUGGCUGUUGAGAAUGACGUCAUCAGACUGUUUAACAUAAUGGACCACGCCCUUCACGAGCUGUGCAGGCUGGAGGAUAUAAUGGUUAGAUACGAGGAUGAAUUAAACGAGGACUUGAUAAGAAUGGAGGAGACACUGCAAUCCUACCAGAAGCAACAAAUAAGGAAUGACAACACACGGAAACUACACGAUCUGCUAACAGAGCUGCUGGAUCAGAUCACAUUCAGUGAGACAACCUCCGAUAUCCUGCUGAGUAUGCCUCUGAAGACAGCUAGUCAGAUCAGCAGGGUUACUGAAGCUGUCCUUCUGAUCCGGGACAAAAGGAAGAAGUGCAACGCCUCCCCUCUCAUACACAUGGUGUGUGUGGCUGAGCAGAGGGACAAGAUGGAUGCCCUACUGCAGGCGUUCAGCGAGAGAGUUAUUGAGGCAGUGGCUGGUAUCACUUCCCCAGCAUGGAAUGCUGCUCAGUCAAUACGACAUUCCAAGCUUGCACCACUUCUACCGGUUGUAAACUGGCUGUCAACCUUCGCCAAACCAAAAUACGACGACCUAGUUGCACAAUACCAAGUCACAGCACAGACCGCCUACCAGAAGGUUCUACGAGAAUUCUUCGAAGACAAGCGCAGCACAGUGACCCGAAAAUCGACCGAGAAAAUCCUCUCAAAGUUUGGUUCCCGGAAGUCAGAGUUGGCACUCUCCCAAAAGCUGAUGGGCAGUAAUAACCGACUGCAGUCUCAAUCCUCGCUCCACUCCGGAAACUCAACCACCUCACUCGACUCAAUUGCCUCCUGUAGAUCUGAGUCUGACUUUACUGUUACACAUGGGAGUCAGUUCGAGGCCUCGUUCCGAGACUCGCUUGACUUUAUAGAGAUUACUAUGAGCAAGGAGGAAGGGUUUAUCAACAAUUUCUUUAAGAGACCAGGAGCAGGAAAGAUAGAGCUGAUAUGGGAGAGGUUGUUUUGUGCAGGUUUGUAGCAGAGCUUGAGAGCUUUAUAAACACCAGCUGUAAGUUUGACCCGUACUACGCCCUCCCCAUAUACCUGAGUAUACUGGACAGAUUAGAUGACACCCAGCAGGAGAGCUUCCUGUUCAAUGUACUACGUCACUGUCUCGAUACUAGCAACUUGUACUUCAACGAAAUGCACAAGAUGCAGAAGAAGAGGAUUCUGGAGAGUAACAAGAAGGCGAGAAGAGGCACUGCAUCCUGUGUUUUACAAUUCACCCAAUUCCUCCUCUUCUCUGAAUCUUUGAUGAAGAAUGCCAGGCGCUCUUCUCUGGAUCUGUGUUACACCCAGUUAGCUGAAGCGGUGUGUCAGUCUAUUGAAGUGUUCUCGACCCACCAGUCUAAGAUGCCGAGUGAAGUAGCGACGAUUGAGAAUUACCAUUUCAUCUACCACUUCUUAUUUAGGAACAAAAUAGACGGACUUGACAAGUUUAGAACGCAUUGCCACAAGAAGUAUAAAGACAGUUUGGAGAAGUACGUGAAGUCUUAUCUCGGAACACCACUUGAUAAGAUAAACGUGUUUUUCGAAGGAGUAAAUCUCAAGCUGAACUCUGGAGUGCCCCAUCAAGAGAUCGGAUUUUACUCUGAGUUUUCAAAACAGAAAUUAAAAGCUCUGAUCACAGAUUACAGCGUCAAAGAGGUCAAGAAAGGACUAGAGUCAGUCAUGAAAAAGAUCGAAAAGCACUUCACAAAGGAGCAGAACCUUUUCACGGUCGCAUGCUUGACAAUGCAAGCUGAAUUUAUAAAGCAAGUCGAAGGAUACGAAAAUCUGAUGAAACUUUGCUACCCAGAUGCAGGGCUGAAGUUUUCCUUUUCUGUUGCCCAGAUUCACGCUAUCUUCGAUGGGAAGAGUCCACGACACUGAGUGACUCUUGAUUAUACUGAAACAUUUUUCCCUCAAAAUGUCUGCAAGUUAAAUAUAUGAUAAUUGGCAUGAUGAAUAUUUGUUGCAACUUAAUUUGAUAUCUAACUUAACGUGAAUUAACCCGUUACUUCUCAGUUGUAUUUAAUAUUUGCUGAUAUUUAAAAACAUAUUGCUAUUUGUACAGCUUUAUAUUUAUUGAUUUGAAUUGUUUAUAUUCGUCCGUUUCAAAUUAUUUGAGCUGUUUAGAAAAUAUUGGUUUUUUGUGUAUUCAUAUUCAUGAUUCUUACAUAAUUUGCUUAAAUUUGGUUGUUAA